ACCACAAAUCACAUGGUCACGUGACCCAAUGUUUUGCUUCGUCUACCGGGUGCUGUAACUACAUGUGACGUCUCCGCCUGAAGAAGCGUCGGUCAGAGCUGCUAGCGUUACUGUUAUCCGAAAUUUAAUGUUACUAUUUAGGAAAAGUGACGCAUUUAGUUCACACGCCUGAGUUAUUAGUUUCGUUUAGAAAUCGCAGCGUGACGUUGGCUGGAUAAUCCAGCAAGCUAGCAUCAGCAUCUCUAGUGUCCACUAUGGCGACAGUUGACAGCUUUCAUUUGUUGUAUGGAGAAAUCUCUCGAUCAUGCAAUCCUUACUUUGAAACCCUGGCUCUGAUCGGAGCUCUUUACGCGGCCAGGAGGGCAAUUAUCCUGUUGAGAGACUGCUGCGCGUUGGUCAGGGUGCAUUUCCUCCCGAGAAUUAUCCCCAGUAAGAAGCUCACCCAACGAUUUGGAGACUGGGCCGUCGUUUAUGGUGCAGCGGAGACCGUAGCUAAAGCCUACGCAGAGGAGCUGGCCAGGCAUGGAGUCAGCAUUAUCUUUGUCACUCAGGACCACACCUCUGUUAGAGACACAGCUGCAACCCUCUCCCAGAGCUACGGGGUGGAAACUGUUGUCAUAGUAGCUGACUUCUCUUUAGAAAAGGCAGCCGGCAACCCCAUCAAAGAAGCUAUGAGGGGUAAAGAUAUCGGCUUCCUGGUGAACUGUGUGGAGUCUGUGGCUUCCCCUCAGAGCCUGAUUGAAAUGCCUGAGCAGAGCCUGCUGGAGUUGGUGAACAGGAACGUUGCGGUCGCUACUCUGAUGACCCGCUUGGUGCUGCCUGGGAUGCUGGAGCGCAGCAGAGGUGCUGUGGUCAAUAUAUCAUCGGGUGCUUGCUCCAAACCCCUGCCUGGAAGAGUGACCCUCACCGCCUCCACUGGUUACAUGGAUCAUUUCUCAAGAGCUCUUCACCUCGAGUACAGCUAUAAAGGGAUCUUUGUCCAAAGCCUGACUCCUUUCCAGAUAGCCUCAAGUGAGCCACAACCAUCCUCAUCAGCACCAACGUCCAGAGCAGGCUGGUUCGUACCAAAGCCCGAGGUUUAUGCCCGCCACGCCGUCUCCACCCUGGGGGUCUCGAAUAGGACCACCGGCUACUGGCCUCACACCCUGCAGUAUGGACUGAUGAAACGUAUUCCUGAGUGGAUUUGGGUUCUUGGAUCUCGUGUGCUCAUCAGUUAAGAGCUCACCUCUUCUCUCCUCACUAAAGACUUAACCCAGUUACUGGAACUUGCUACUCGAGUUAUGUAGAGUUUUACUUUCCUCAGCCAUUUUCAAUGUGUUAAACUCUAGGUUGGUGAUAUUUUCCUCUCGUGUCAAUUUAAAGAAAAGCUUCAGUGGAAUGAAUAACUUAAUAUACAUAUAUUACUCUUGUGUUACUAUAUAAUCUGACCAAUCAUCGGGUGAACUUGAAACUGAAGAGUGAUUAUUUUAUUUUUCAAUGUAUUUAAAAAAAAGUUUCACACUGAAAUACUUUUGUGCCGCAAGAUACUGUUUUGUUGUGAAAGUGCAGGUGAUAUUGAAAGCCUCAUCUCAAGUAUUACAUAUAAAAAGUAAAGGAUGAGUGAUAGGUAUUAUUUUUUGUAGGAGAUGCAUUAUUUUUGAGGGAAAUUAUACUCCUAAAGAGCCGGAUUUUUUUCAUAAUGUAAAUAUUUUUACUUAACUGAUUUUUUAUUUUGGUGACAGAAAUCUGCAUUGUGCAACACUAACUAACUUGUUAUUCUAAUGAAUACAACCUAACCUAAAUUUAAGAAACUAAUUAAAGGUCAAAGGAUACAUUUUUUAGUCGAGCUAAAGUGUGAAGAUGUCAUCAUCUCACUGUCUUUUUAAUCUGAGUUUAAAUAAAACCAGGAUUGGCCAGCAGGGUUUAUAGCAAAUGCAUGAGUGCCGGUGCAGGAAGAGUGACAUUUGGGUGUUUCCUUUCAUUGAGAAACUAUAUUUUUGCUGAUUUACAAUAUGUAGAUAUUGCUUCAAAAUAAGUAUUUAUAUUAAGAAAUGUCAACUCAUUCAGAUAUUGUGUUGAGUGUUUGCUUACACAUGUUACAAAGUAUAACAUGUUGACUUAAGUGUGAUACGUGUCGUCAUUGCACCAAUCAGACCAAUAAAACUCUUUCUUCAUUCCCAUA